AUGGCGGAGCAUCACCCGGAUCACGUCCUGAUCCUCUAUGCGUCCGAGACCGGGGACGCCCAGGACGUCGCCGAGCGGGUUGCCCGCGCCUUCCGGCAACGACAUCGCCGGGCUCUCCUACUCAGUAUGGACGCCUACAAUGUCGCCGACCUUCCUCAUGAGCAGCUGCUUGUCCUUAUCACUAGUACCCACGGUCGAGGUGACCCUCCGCCAGCUAUGCGUGGUCUUUGGAGCAAACUCAUCCGAAAGGGUCUGCCGGACGAUAUCUUCGAGGACGUGCACUAUUCACUCUAUGGAUUGGGAGACUCGAGCUACGAGCGCUUCUGCUUCGCUGGCAAGAUGCUAGCUCGGCGCAUGGACAGCCUUGGUGCUAACCCUCUCGUCGAGCCGGCAUGGGGAGAUGAGAGGGCGCCGGACGGAAUCGAGGAAACGCUUAUCCCGUGGAUGGAAGCGACGCUAGAUGCCAUCUGCCCCUACCUCCCUGGCCCCUCUGAGCCACCGAUGAGCAGCACCGCGCUGCCGCCGCCCGUAUACCGCUUGGAACCGGUCCUCGACCUCAGCAAGCUUUCACUGAAGGACCAGCCGGCGGUGGAGAAAAAGGGUGACUCGGUUACUGUAGACGCGGACGCGGUAUAUGCCCCACCAGGCUGGAAUUGGGCGACGCUUGCGAAGAACAAGCGUGUGACGGCCGAAGGAUGGUGGCAGGAUGUGCGGGAGAUUGAUCUCGCAACAGCACCGGAUGUAACAUACAAAACUGGCUCCAUCUGUGCGCUGCAGCCGCGCAAUUCGGCAACGGAUGUGGACACCUUCCUCGAGCUGAAUGGGCUCGAGGCGCAGGCUGACACCCCCGUCACGAUCACGUCGACGAUCCCCGGUCAAAAGCUGCCAGAACAUUUGCCUUCGGGAGUGACGAGCUUACGGCGGCUUCUGACCUGGCAUCUGGAUCUAAAGGCGCCGCCCCGAAAGUCGUUCUUCGAGUGGCUGCGUCGCUUCAGUCACGAUGAGCGCGAAGAGGAACGUCUGGACGAGUUCGUCUCGGACCCCGAUGAAGUGCACACGUACGCGACGCGGAGCAAGCGGACACCGCUCGAGACGCUCGCCGACUUCCGCGAGACCAAGAUCCCGCUGGAGUACGUUCUCGAGGUCCUUCCCCCGUUGCGCCGGAGACAGUUCAGCAUCGCGAGCAACUCUGCCCAGCACCCAGCCGAGAUCCAGCUGCUGGUCGCGCUCGUCGAGUACAAGACCAACCUCAAGAUUCCGCGCGUGGGCGUCUGCAGCGCGUGGCUGAAGACGCUGUCUGAUGGUGCGUCUAGAGCUUCGUCAUACGCAUUCAAAGCUAACAUGACAGGUGACCGUAUCCCAUACCAGCUGCUGCCGCCGCAGAUUACGCUACCAUCUCAGGACACGCCUGUCAUUCUCGUCGGGCCUGGCACUGGUGUCGCGCCGAUGCGGGCUGUGCUGGAGGAGCGCAUCGCAGAGGGUGCCGCGGAUUCGACAGCGCUGUACUUUGGCUGCCGAUCGAAAACCCAGGACCUCUACUUUGCGUCCUCGUGGAAGGAAGCGCAAGACAAAGGUGCACAUGUCCGGAUUGCGUUCUCUCGUGAUCAGCCUGAGAAGGUGUACGUCCAGGACCUGAUCAAGCAGGAUGCGGCGCGAGUGCGCGAGUGGCUGCUUGAGAAGGACGGGCGAGUGUACGUCUGCGGGUCGUCUAAUGCCAUGCCUCGCCAGGUGCGCGAGGCACUCGCGUACUGCAUCUCGGAGCAGGGCGGAGGCAAGAUGACGGACCAGGAGGCGGAAGAGUACGUCGACGCCAUGUUUGACGGCGAUCGGGGCCAGGAGGAGAGCUGGUAG